GUUAUGCAAGCUGGUAUCGAUAUAGACCAUAGAUUAGUUGGUUGUUUGGGCAUUUCCGAACUUACUCUUUAUUGACAGAGCAAUCGCGAAAACAUCUCCAUAUAGACCAAGAUGACAGAGUGCUCGUUCGGAAUCACUGGCAAGGACUUUGUCCUCCUUGCAUCGGAUCAGUCGGCGGGGAGGUCGAUCAUCAAGAUGAAGUCGGACGAGAACAAGAUCAGACAGCUCAGUCCCAGCUUGUGCAUGGCGUAUGGCGGUGAACCAGGUGAUACCGAGAACUUUGUCGACUUUGUCGAACGAAACUUGCGACUAUACCAGAUCAGACACAACAUCGAGCUCGCCCCUGCCCCAGCAUCAGCGUACAUCCGAAGGAUCCUCGCUGAAGCGAUUCGAAGCAGACGUCCUUACGUCGUCAGCUUGCUAUUGGGAGGAUACGACAAGAUCAAGGACGAAAGCCACCUGUACUGGAUGGACCCUUACGGAACAAAGGUCAAGGUGCCUUACACCGCCAACGGUCUCGGUAUCUACGUAGCUUUGAGCACCAUGGACAAGUACUGGUACCCAGACAUUACGCGGGAAGAGGCAGGUCAGCUGCUGAAGAGGUGCAUUGACGAGGUGAAGUUGCGUCUCGCAUAUCAAUUCUCUUUCAAUGCCGUCGAAAUUGACAAGGACGGAGUGAGGGAAUACAAGCUCGAUGGGAGCGCAUGAGGGAGGCCAUGACGGGUCGAGUCCCGCAUAAUGCUUCUACACUGCAAGUUAACGAUAUACACAUGUAAUGGUUUCGGUUUCUGUGAUACGUCCAUUUCCCCGAUCGAUUACGUCUUCCGGCGCGACCAGUCAUUCGGCCGAUUAGGUGGCAGGCAGGUGUGGCACCUGGCGCUGGGCAUGUUGGGAGCUUGCGUGUGUAGCCCGCUGCCGACACGAUUAUAACAUGUCUACUUGGCUGUUCGUAUUGCAUCGAGUGCGCCGCUCGAUAUUCGCCAAACAGCAAGUCGAGAAAUGCCGUAGAUGGGGGCAAGAUACUACCGUUGUAUAUGGUCUGCCGGCAGACCAAAGCCUAUCGUAGUCUAGGUCGACGUCGACC